AUCAGCUGAAGUGGCACAAAAUCCCCACCACAGGUCCGCAACACAAAGCCAUGGCCAUUUGGAUCACAGGUCGCGGUGGCCUGCGCUUGCUCUUGCUCGUCCUUGCCACUUCCUUUUGCGCGCUUGUGGGAGCCGGCCGGCCUGCCUCGGUCAACAUCGGGGCAGUUUUCGCGUUCGAUUCCAUCAUCGGCAGAGCCGCGAAGGUCGCGAUUGAAGCCGCCGUUGCCGAUGUGAAUAACGAUUCGUCUAUUCUUCGAGGGACGCGGCUGAAUCUCAUAAUGAAAGAUACGAAAUGUAGCGUUUUUCUUGGAUCUGUCGCAGUCUUGACAGUUCUUGAGCAGGAUGCUAUUGCGAUAAUUGGACCACAGUCAUCUUCAAUAGCUCACAUGCUUUCUUCAUUUUCUAAUGGACUUAAUGUACCACUAAUAUCUUUUGCAGCUUCGGAUCCAACUCUUUCUUCUCUUGAUUUUCCCUUCUUUGUCCGUACGACAUUCUGUGAUUCCUAUCAGAUGGCUGCAAUGGCAGACCUAAUAGAUUAUUUUGGAUGGAGAAAGGUUAUUGCAAUUUAUGUUGAUGAUGAUUAUGGAAGGAAUGGAAUAUACUAUCUUGAUGAUACACUCGCCAAGAAAAUGUCAAAGAUUUAUAAAAUUGCUUUUCCAAUCAAAGCAAGUCGGAAUAAGAUAAUGGAUUUGCUGCAAAUGUCUAAGCUAAUAGGUCCACGUGUUUAUGUGGUUCAUGCUACCCCUGACUCUGGUCUGGAGAUAUUUUCUGCUGCUGAGCAGCUUAAUAUGCUGACUGAUGGAUAUGUUUGGCUGACAACAGAUUGGCUUGCAACUGCUCUAGAUACAUUUCAAUUGGUCAAUUCAAGCUAUCUGCAAGGAGUCGUUGGUUUCCGUCAAUACAUUCCUCAUUCAAGAGAAAGGGAUUCUUUUUUGUCUAGAUGGAGUGAUUUACAAGUUAAGGGAGGAGUAAGCUCAAGAUUGAAUACCUACAGCUUCUCUGCAUAUGACACAGUUUGGGCAGCUGCUCAUGCAAUCAAUCACUUUCUAGACGAACAUGAGAAUAUAACUUUUUCCUCUAACAGUGACUUACUGGGCAUAAAAGGGAAAAUGCAGCUGGGAAGGCUCAAGACCUUUGAUGGAGGGAGCUUAUUACUGCAGAAGAUAUUACUUCUAAACUUUCCUGGUUUAUCUGGUCAAAUUCGGUUCGAUAACGACAAAAACCUCAUUAAUCGUAUGUAUGAAAUUUUCAACGUUGCUGGUUCAGUGGCUAAUAGAGUUGGGUAUUGGUCUAACUUCACUGGUCUGUCCAUCUCUUUACCUGCUAAUCUACCUUUAAGCAGACCAAAAAAAUUGAGCCUUGGCAGGGUUCUUGGGAGGAUAACUUGGCCUGGUGGAAAGACAAAAAUUCCACGAGGUUGGGUUGUGGCAAGUCAUGAGAGGCCACUGAGAAUAGCUGUUCCUAAUAGAGCUAGUUAUCUGGAGUUUGUGAGAAUAUCAAACGUCAGAAGUGGGGAUAAUAUCAGUGGAUAUUGCAUCGAUGUAUUCAAAGAGAUAGUAAAACUGAUUCCCUAUGAGGUUCCUUAUGAGUUUGUGCCAGUUGGCAAUGGCCACUCAAAUCCAAAUUAUAAUGAUCUUGUGAACAUGGUGGUGCAAGAGGUCGUCGAUGCUGCUGUUGGUGAUAUUGCUAUAGUCACAAACCGGAGUAGAAUCUCUGAUUUUACACAGCCCUAUGUCUGUACUGGCCUUGUGAUUUUAGCUCCUGUUAAGAGUACAAAGUCAAGUACUUGGGUUUUUGUCAGACCUUUUACUGUUGGGAUGUGGUGCAUGACUGGAUCAUUCUUUUUCAUCAUUGGGUUUGUUAUUUGGCUACUUGAGCAUAGGGUCAACAGUGCUUUUAGGGGUCCACCGAGGCGGCAAUGCAUAACUUUAUUUUUGUUUAGUUUCUCCACUCCCUUCCAAUCACAGCAAGAAGAUGUUUUGAGUACUCUUGGACGAUUUGUUAUGAUGGUGUGGCUAUUUCUUCUGAUGGUCACGACAUCAAGCUACACUGCAAGUUUAACUUCACUCCUUACUAUCCAACAACUUUCAUCUCCAAUAAAAGGAAUUGAGAGUUUAAUUGCUAGCAACGAACCUAUUGGCUAUCAAGAAGGAUCUUUUGCUCAAAGCUAUCUUGUAAAUGCACUCAACGUACACCCAUCAAGGCUUGUUUCGCUUGGCUCUCCUGAAGCUUACAAAGAAUCACUAGAACUUGGGCCAAACAAUGGAGGUGUAGCAGCAAUUGUAGAUGAGCUUCCAUAUGUUGAAUUAUUUCUAGCCAAAACCAAUGGUUUUGGCAUUGUUGGGCAGGCCUUCACGAAGAGUGGAUGGGGAUUUGCCUUUCCAAGAGACUCUCCCCUCGCUGUUGAUAUGUCAACAGCGAUACUAAAGCUUUCUGAGGACGGAGUACUCCAAAAGAUCCACAAAAAAUGGUUUUGCAACACAAGCUGCAUUUCUCUGACUGGCAGCAGCUCCGAGCCUAACCAGCUUCAUUUGACCAGCUUUUGGGGAUUAUAUUUGGUCUGUGGUGUUGCUGCAUUUGCCUCGCUUCUAUUAUUCUUUCUAAAGGUAAUUUGUCAGUUCAUUCACUCGAAUAGGAAGAAUGAAGAUCAUGUAUCCACUUCCUCUGAGCUACAUAACAGAAGCUUUUCUCAAGUCAUAACCAGCUUCUUUGGUUUCAUCGAUCAGAAAGAAGCAGCCAUAAUGAACAUGGUUAAGCAAAAAAGCUCCUCAGUACCUGAAAUUAAGUAGUCAAAUCCUUUCUUUAUAUCAUGUCAAUAGAUGGAUAAACGUUUUAAAUUUUUGUCCUUGUCUAUUGGCAUUGAAUCAUAGUGUAUCUUGCUACUGUUAAUUUAAUCGCUUUUUAUCCUCGACCCGCAUGUCAUGUUCAUGUGAAAUUUUUUAAAAAAUAGUUUUUUUUUUAAUAAAAAACCAUGAUGGUUUUGUUG